GAUCCAACCACACAGGAAGAAAACUGUGUAGCUGAGCUGCUAAUGCUAACAAGGUGGACGUUAAAACCUUGCGUUAGACAUGUAGCUGAGGCAAAAAGGGCGUUGGUAAAAGUCGUUAAUAGACGAUAUAAACUUAAAUUAAUUUAUCUUAUACUACAGCGACAUUAACCGUUGAGUUAAGUGCAUAAAGAGAUGCAGGCCAGUGAUCCUGUGGUUGGUGCACCAAUGGGAGUAGCUGGAGUUCAGAGUCGGUCGGAGGAUGAGGAGUCGCUCGGUAUAAAAGAUGUAAAAAGGACAACAACACAAGCAUUUGGCAGUGGUGUACCCAAACGAAGAAGUUCAUCCAGGUCAAUAAAGAGAAGAAAGUUUGAUGAUGAGCUUGUGGAGAGCAGUCUUGUAAAGUCAUCCAGUAGAGUCAAAGGCCCUCCUGUCAUAGAGCCUGUUCGCUGUGCGGGAAGUGAACCUUCAUCUAGUGAGAAAAAAAAGGUAACAAAAACAGGAAAUGUUCUCACACCACCUCUGACGAUGGUUAUGAACCCCGCACCUAUGGCGAAAAGAGUGAAGAAAAGUAAACAGCCUUUACAUAUUACUAAGGACUUGGGACGGUGGAAACCUACAGACGACCUACUGCUGAUAAAUGCAGUGUUACAGACUACUGAUCUAACUUCUGUUCAUCUGGGGGUCAAGUUCAGCUGUCGCUUCACUUUGCUGGAAAUUAAAGAGAGGUGGUAUGCUUUGCUGUAUGAUCCCGUCAUCUCAAAGCUGGCGUGGCAGGCUAUGCGGCAGCUUCACCCAGAAGCAAUUGCUGCAAUCCAAAGCAAAGCUCUUUUCAGUCAGGCUGAACAAGCACUGCUGGCCAAGAUUGGUUCAACUAGUCAGCCCAAACUGGACAUAUUUCAGGAGCUUUUGAGCAAACACCCCAGUGUCUUUCACCCUUCUCGCACACCCAAGAGCCUCUUGGUGCACUGGCAGUUGCUAAAGCAGUACUACCUACUGGAUGACCAGAGUGUACAGCCCCUUCCUAAAGGCGACCAAGUCCUCAACUUCUCUGAUGCCGAGCAGAUGGUUGAUGACACAAGAUUAAAGGAAAGUAGAGAUGACGUGUUGGAGCACGAGCUGAUGAUUUCAGAUCGUCACCAGAAAAAGGAGAUCAGACAGUUGGAGCAGGAGUUGCCUCGAUGGCAGGUACUAGUGGACAGUAUCACAGGGAUGAGCAUGCCUGACUUUGACAACCAAACACUGGCAGCAUUACGAGGAAGAAUGGUGCGAUACCUUAUGAGAUCAAGAGAGAUUACGUUGGGGAGAGCGACAAAGGACAAACAGGUGGAUGUGGAUCUGUCGCUAGAGGGGCCUGCCUGGAAAAUCUCAAGAAAACAAGGAAUUAUUAAACUGAAGAAUAAUGGAGACUUCUUCAUUGCUAAUGAGGGAAGGCGGCCCAUUUACAUUGAUGGCAGACCAGUCCUGUCGGGCAACAAGUGGAAACUAAACAACAACUCAGUAGUGGAGAUUGCAGGUCUUCGUUUCGUGUUUCUAAUAAACCUGGAGCUCAUCUCACUAAUAAAAGCUGAAGCUGCCAAGAUGACACAGCAGUAACAGUCAGAAGCAGCCGGUGUGUGGGUGACACACACUGUAGAGCAGAAGUGCUACCAAGAUGUGGACCGACAUUAGUGUUGUUACCUAUGAACUUGAAAUCUUAGACUAAAUCCUGGGACAAAAUGAUAAUAUCUUUUGUGUGGUUUGUGGAUAUUUACAAUUGUAAUGUAGACACUCAAGGUAGAAUCUUUUUUUUUCCAGUUUUUCUGACCUUUGUAAAUAAAUUCACUUGUGAAACUUUUUUAAAAUAUUAAACUUGUAUACUGAGA